AUGGUGGGGGAGAGGGAAAUUACGACACUGGGCCCCCACAAUGGCACCCACAGACAAUGAAGGGCGUCCGUAUCUACAGCACCGAGCACACACCCAACAGGCGGCACAUACAAGUGAUUAUUUGUUUUAUCGUCAACGAGUUGAUUAGUGCUACGAAUGGUUGGCCACAUCCGCUGAUAAUGCCGCCCAUACAGCCGUUCUGUACUGACGCCAUGAAGCCCUACUGUCAGCAUUGCUAAUUUUCGGCCGACCCGACACGCGUGCGAACCGACCCUCACACAGCAUCUUUGACCGAAAUCUUCACCACUACAACGAAACCUAUACACAGCUUCACGGUUGAACGACACAGAUCGAUGCUUCCCCGAGUGCGCGGGUCGCAGGCAGACAUUGACGGAGGCUUUCUCGGGAUCGUGAGCCGAUCGGCAGCAGCAGCAGCAGCAGCAAAACGAGUCUGGUGGUGGUAAAAGUGAAAGUACGGCGGCACCAUAGCCUGCUGUGAUCCAGCGUGAUCGUCGUGUGUAUUUGCGCCAGUGUGUUGGUUUCUUGGCAUCUUACGCAGCUGUUUUAAUACCAUCUUGCGAUCGUGUACGGUCGUGAGGCACGGUGUCGUAGCGGACACGCGUUCGGUCCUUAUUGGUUUGCAGGGAAAAUAGUGAGACACUUACCGCGCAAUAGUGUAGUGGGGUUGUGCUUCGCAGUCGUGCCCAACAUAAGCCUUUAACGUGCGCAGUAUUUCGCCACCGGGUGUGCUUAUAGUUUUCUGCUGUAUUUCUGCCACUAGCAGUCGCAAAUUGUGAUACAAGCCCACCAGCACCAGCACGAUGACGUACAAUCUGGAUGAACUGAAAAAGCGCUCCGUCGUGGCGAGCACCUCUCACAACAUAAGCAACAAUCUGAAGCCCGCGCCCAAACAUGAGAAGGUACCGGAAUCGGCGAAAACGAUCACCGAAAUCACGCGCACCCACCGGACGGCGUACAUCAUAUUCGUGUCGCUGCUGCUGGAUCUGCUGGCGUUCACGAUGAUACUGCCGCUGCUUCCGUCCCUGCUCGAGUACUAUCGGAAGAACGACAACCAGCUGUACGGUUACCUGGCCAACAGUAUUAAGCAAUUUCAGCUGUGGAUCGGUGCGCCGGAACGCUUCACCAGCGUCCUGUUCGGGGGAGCGCUCGGCUCGAUGUUUAGCUUUCUGCAGUUCCUGAGCAGUCCCAUCGUCGGUGCGCUGUCCGAUUACUACGGGCGCAAACCACUGAUGCUGCUGUGCGCGACCGGCAUUGCCGCUUCGUACGGCAUUUGGGCGUACUCGGAAUCGUUCCUGCUGUUUGUGAUAGCACGGUUCGUCGGUGGCAUCAGCAAGGGCAACGUUUCGCUCUGUAUGGCCGUGAUAACGGACGUGUCGAACCAGCAGAACCGCGGCAAGGCGAUGGCCCUGGUGGGGAUUGCCUUUUCGCUCGGCUUCAUAGCGGGUCCCAUGAUCGGGGCGACGUUUUCCCGCUUCUCGGACAAAACCGGCACGCUGUGGUUCUUCGCGCCGGCCAUGUUUGCGAUGCUGCUGGCCGUCGCCGACAUACUGUUUCUGGUGCUCUGCCUGAAGGAAACGCUGCCGAAGGAGAAACGAUCCACGCGCAUCAUCAACUCGCUGUCGCAUGCGAUCGAUCACAUCAGUAUUAGAGCGUUGUUUCGCUUUUCCGCGGUGGAAAAUCUGUCCCAGAAGGAUGUGCGCUCGCUCAGGCGGCUGGGCGUGACGUACUUUCUUUACCUGUUCCUGUACUCCGGGCUCGAGUUUACGGUGACGUUCUUGAUGUACCACAAGUUUGGCUACACCUCGAUCGAUCAGGCGAAAAUGUUCCUUACCACAGGUGUACUGAUGGCGCUACUGCAAGGUUCCGUUGUACGCCGGCUUCCCGACCGACUGGUAAAGACUUCCGCCGUGUUUGGCCUGUAUUUAAUCAUUCCCGCCUUCAUCAUCGUCGGUUUGGCCGAGUCGUCUCCAGUGCUCUACCUGGGCAUGAUACUAUUCGCCAUCUCCACCGCGUUUGUAGUCACUUGCAUGACCACAAUCACCUCCAAGUACGGUGACUUUCAUCAGAAGGGAACUGUGCUGGGAGUGUUCCGAUCGCUGGGAGCUCUCGCCCGGGCUGUCGGCCCUAUCGUGGCCUCGAUGGCGUUCUGGAGCGUCGGUGCUCGGUUUACUUACAUCGCCGGCGGCAUACUGCUACUGUGGCCCGCACUGAUGCUGCAGUACUUAAAGCUGUGAAUGCUCCUGCCAACCCACCGCGUUGCGUCAGUUUGUGUCCUUCUUUUUCUAUUCCGUCGUUUUUUUUUGUGUUGUUAUAGUGUAUACAUUGUAUUUAUAAGGCAACAACAACCUGUAUUGAUAUUUUUUACAGUAUUCUGUAAACUCCUUUUUACCGACCUGUGGCUACAGUUGGCCGCAUUUGGGGUUUCGAAUCUCCGAUGUAUUCGACUAGAAGAGUAUUGCUCUGUGAAAGGAUUUAGCAAACAAAAAUUGCAUCUACAAAACGUAGAGCAAAGCGCGUUGCGAAAUAGGUGCAAUAUAGUGGAAGUGAAGAAGGGAAGAAAGGAAGAGACAAUCUUCAACACCAGUUGAGUUUGCGAUGGAUAGUAGCAAUAUAACCAGUAUAGUGAAAUAGUUUAAGCGAUGCAGUGAAACAAUCAAACAACACGCGACAACACAUAAAAAGAAAACUUUUCACUUA